UCUAUGACCAAAACGGUGGGAAAAAACGUCAUGUGACCAUUCACGUGACUAUAACCACGUGAUUCAAAACUACAGUCACAGUUGACACGACCAAUAUAAUGAUCCUAACAGCUAAUCUAAUGCAACCAUGCUUAUUGUAACUUUUGCUCUUUUACUUUUCACACUGGAGUCCGGAGCUCGUUACACGGCAGACUGGGCGAGUCUCGACGCUCGGCCGCUCCCCUCUUGGUACGACGCGGCUAAGGUGGGCAUCUUCAUUCAUUGGGGGGUGUUUUCCGUACCCGGUUUUGGCAGUGAGUGGUUCUGGUGGCACUGGCAAGGUCAGAAUCCUCCGGACCCCAAAUGUGUGGCUUUCAUGAAAAACAACUACCCGCCUGGGUUCAGCUAUCCGGAAUUUGCCUCACAAUUUCACGCUCAAUUUUUUGACCCGGAGGAGUGGGCUGAUAUUUUCAACUCUUCUGGCGCAAAGUAUGUCAUUUUGACAGCCAAACACCAUGAAGGUUUCACCAACUGGGAAUCCCCUAACUCCUGGAACUGGAAUUCUGUCGAUAUUGGUCCUCACAGAGAUCUAGUUGGUGACCUGGGCGAGGCAGUGCGGAAGCGGUCGCUGCAUUUUGGACUAUACAACUCACUUUACGAGUGGUUCCACCCUCUUUACCUGAUGGACAAGUCGAAUGGAUUCAAAUCACAGAACUUUGUGUUUCACAAACUAUUACCAGAACUGUAUAACAUAGUUGUAAGGUACAGACCUGAAGUAAUCUGGUCUGAUGGAGACUGGGAGGCACCUGACACAUACUGGAACUCCACCCAGUUCCUUGCCUGGCUGUACAAUGAUAGCCCUGUUAAGGAUACCGUGGUGACAAAUGACAGAUGGGGAGCUGGCUGUUCAUGUAAACAUGGAGGUUAUUACAACUGUGAGGACAAGUAUACUCCAGGCCAGCUGCCCACACAUAAGUGGGAGAAAUGCACAUCUGUGGACAUGCUGUCUUGGGGCUAUCGUAGGAAUAUGAAGUUGAGUGACCUAAUGGACCUGCCCGACAUCAUAGAGGAUCUGGUCAAAACUGUAGCACUGGGAGGUAACUACCUCCUCAAUGUGGGCCCCACUCCAGACGGAAUGAUCCCAGCAGUGUUUGAGGAGCGACUGCGGGGAGUUGGUGCUUGGCUUGAAGUGAACGGGGAGGCCAUCUACUCCUCCAAACCUUGGAGAGUCCAAUUUGAAAACACCUCUGUACCAAUAUGGUACACAUCCAAAGGGGACAGUAUUUUUGCCAUAAUGACAGGAAAACCCUCCAAACCCACUGUGCAACUUUUGGAGCCCAAAACUUCUGCAGUCACCACGGUAACGUUGUUGGGGGACCCUAAUCCUUUAUCGUGGUCUCCAAUCAAGCCAAAUGCUGGCCUUACUAUUGUUUUACCUGAGCUGCCUUACACUGCUGGACAAGCCUGGACCCUCAAACUGGAUGGCAUACAGUGACAUUCAAAAUCUUAAGUUCCCUCUCUCUGCCUCUUCCAAAAAGCCUACUCCCUCACUCUGGUCCUGGUUGUGUUGUAUUACAAGCUCUCCUGACAGAUAAUCAAAGGCACAUGAAGGUAGACGCAGCUCAGAGAAGGCUCACGUCACACUUGCUUGCAGGCUGAGCAGCUCAAAGUGCCAUUUCACCCAGAUAAGUAACACUGUGCAAUCUAAUUACUUUUGUGUAGGGGUGGGGAAAAUAACCACUAUGCAUCAAUGCAUCGCCACAGCAGUCACUUAUAGGAUGGUGAAAAUUGCAUAAUUAUAUCACCCUUAUAAUUUGAAAUGGACGGGUUGAUGACUGGCUUUGGAUAUAAUGGAAAAAAGUCAAUCCGAUUUUCUUCCAUCCGUAAUUAAUAUUAAAGACUAAAGUACUCACAUUUGUACUCACAAGUGGUGUUAAAUGAUUUAUCAUUGGUCAAAUAUAUUUGAACUUCACUUUUUAAAUGUAAAUCCUUAGAUAUUCUCCAAUAAAAUUUUUAGUUAAUAUUUUUGGAGUAUCUGAAAUGGAUCAAUAGAAUUUAAAUUAUCUCCUAUGGAAAAAAUAUUACGAUACCCCGGUAACACACCAGUCACGUCUACAGCGUGACAGCGAUGCCGGCGCGUCAACACACCAGUGACGCUCGCCGUCAAUUUCCAUAGGGCGCGUUUUACGAGCAGAGCGUCUGUGGAGCGGCUCGAUCGGUUCACGCCAGGAUUGCAAGAUCGCACAAGAGUAGCGGGUAUUUAACCCUUUAACAACGAAUGUGUCGGCUGCGACAUGUUUACCCAUAUCAUCUUUGAAGCCCCGCCACGCUGCAAUUACAUCACCCGCAUGCCGCUGGUUGCUGUCAUUUGAAAGUGCGGAAGUUGAUGUCCACGCCAGUUUUUACUUCAAGUCAAUCGACCAAGUAAAACGGGAGAUAAUGUCAUUUGAGUUUUAUAGUUUUAUUGCACUCAUAAAUAAGCAUUAAAACUUCAUUGACCAAAUGUUUAUGUCCAUAUUUCCAUCAUUUCUUGUCCUUUUUCAAAACUGACACAAACACGAAAGACUACAUAUCCCAGGAGUCGUUGUGAGGUCAAGAAGGAUAAACCUAAUGUUAACUUUUUUAAUAAAUUGCCGAGCAAGGCGCCACCUCAGGAAAGGGGGACGCAAGGGAGCGAGCGACGGCUGGUUGAAUUGAGCAAACGACUUUGAAAUGUGUGGAAUGAAUCGAAAACUAAAUUUAGCGCAAACUAAUGCAUUAUUUCAUCAACUCAAGGAAGAGGAUGAGCCGUAUUUGU